CCUUCACAGCGGCCGAGAACUUGGAAUCAUUCAACGCACGCCAUUGGAGCACAUCGGUCCUGCGGUCUUUUCGCUUGGGCAACAUCAUGUGCAAGUUCACCAACCGGCUGUUUGUGUUCGCCCUGCUGCUUGUGGCACUUGGAAGAAUUCUGGCCCAGCCCGUUGGCGGCAAGACUAGGCCAGGGAAUUCGAGGAACGUGAUCAGCGACUUGCUGGACGUCUUAUACGACGACUAUUCCGAGAAUGGUUUUCAGCGCGAGGACAUUCUAUACGACCAACGGCAAAAGGGUGGGGAGAACUAUCAGUUCAAAGUGGAUGGGGUCGUCAUCGGAAUGGCGCCUCAAAUGAGCUCCAGCUUGCUCUACUCCAUGGCAGAGUCCUACUUGAGUGAAAUGUUGUUGCGCCAAUCUACACCGGAUCCAGAUUCAACUCAGAUGUACGAGAGGGAUCCUGAGACCGACACAGACUCUGGUUCCACCGAGGGCGUAACUAAGAUUCCUGAGCUAGCCCAGAUUAAUUUGGAAAGCAGACAACAUCAAAUUGUAGCUUCUCAAACUGCCAGCCGAUCUCCAACUCAACUGCUCCAAUUGCUUAAGAUGCUCAAAAGUUCUAAGGCCUAAAAUGAUAUCUUUAGAUACUAUGACAAGAAAUUAGUCCUAAGUUCUUGGAAAAUACAUAGCAAAUAAAAUCAUUCUUCGAAUUUAAAUUUCCGUUGAUCCCAUUGGUGCUGUUCCACUGAACAAUAUUUAAAAAGUUCAAAAUCACUGUACAGUACUUGGUAUUUUAAACAUCCAUCACUUUUCCAUUCAAAAUAUAU